CGGAAUCUCGGUUUUGUCGGGAUGGAUCUCGAUUGGGAAUUUCCGGAGAACCCGAAGCAAAUGCUAAACUUGAGCAUACUAUUCAACAAAUGGCAGGAAGCAAUCAAGGCAGAGGCUAAGGCUACCCACCGCGCUCCUCUUCUGCUCACGGCGGCGGUGUAUUUCUCCGUCGACUUCUUCCUAUCCGACGUCGAGCGUUCGUACCCGGUCCAGUCCAUUAACCGAAAUCUGGAUUGGAUCAACGCAAUGCCGGGGUCUAUCGUGAGAAGGUGGUUAUGGGCCUGCCGUUGUAUGGAAGGACUUGGAAACCCAAAGACCCAAAUCAGCAUAAGAUCAGGUCCGAUGCCGUCGGCGUGGGCCCAGGGGAUGAUAGGGUGCUGACAUUUGCUUAAGGUGAAUGGAAGGUCUCUAGUGCAGCUUCAAGAGCUUGGACCCCAUAGGGAAUGAAAAUAAGAGGCAUUCAGCUAGGGGGUAGAUGAAUGUAUUGUAACAAUUUGAGUUCAAGUUUAGGAGCUUUUUCAAGUGACGGUUUAAAUUGAGAUGACUUGGUGUCAAGAACUUCUAUUUUUGGCACACUUGAGAUGGAAUAUUGUGGAAGGGCUACCAAAUGAAGUGCACACUUUCUA